ACCAAGAUUCAUUUCACUAAUUUACCAAUCUAGUCCCACACCAUGCACAAGGUCGCAAGCUAAAUAGAUACUGCUUCAGAAAAUAUAUAUAUUUUGUUAAUAAAAUUCAGUUUUCCGAUUUUAAAAAUGAAAUAAAAACUUUGAUAAAAGAAAGGCUUCAUAAUAAUUAAUAAAAAGUUGACAAUUUCUCCUCCGUCGCCGCUGCAGCAAAAGAUAGUUUCCUGGUGGUUCAAAAUGUUGGGGAAAUGGGGCAUCAAAGGGCUGGACCCUUUCUUCAUUAAGAGGGCGAAAAUGCGAGGAUAUUUUCCAACCGUUCGUCAAACCUCGUCGGCCAACAUUCCUAUCGCUCCUGUGGAGAAGAAGCGUCCCUUUUACGACAUCCGUGGCCGGACUUUGGGUAUCCGGCGGGAGGAGCAGUCGGUGUGGGAGCGAAGGGCCCCCUUGGCCCCUUCACACGUCAAGAAUCUCGUCAAACGGGGGGCCCGCGUCCUCGUGCAGCCCUCAAACAGACGCGCCUACCCCAUGCAGGCCUACGCCCAGGCGGGUGCAGUCAUUUCGGAGGACUUGGUGGAUGCGGACGUCAUCUGCGGCGUCAAGCAAGUUCCUAUCGACACGCUAAUCAAGGGAAAAACUUACUGCUUUUUCUCCCACACGAUUAAAGCGCAAGAAGCAAAUAUGCCCUUGUUGGACGCCAUUUUAGAAAAGAACAUCCGCCUCCUCGACUAUGAAAAGAUGUGUGACGAUCACGGUCAAAGGGUCGUCGCGUUCGGGAAGUAUGCGGGCGUGGCAGGAAUGGUCAACAUUUUGCACGGACUGGGGCUACGUCUCCUCGCCUUAGGUCAUCACACCCCUUUCAUGCAUAUCGGUCCGGCCCACAAUUACCGCAAUAGCGGGAUGGCACGCCAAGCCGUGAGAGAUGCUGGCUAUGAAAUGGCGAUCGGAAUGAUGCCAAAAUCCAUCGGACCCCUCACAUUCGUCUUUUCUGGAAGUGGGAAUGUCAGCCAAGGGGCUCAAGAGGUCUUCCAAGAACUCCCCUUCGAAUACGUCCCUCCCGAUAUGCUCCACAAAGUAGCGGAACAUGGAGCGACGAAUAAAGUCUAUGGUUGCGAAGUUCGUCGACACGACCACUUAAUUCGUAAAGAUAACGGAACGUACUCCGCUCGCGACUACGAUCUCCAUCCGGAAGCCUAUAUUUCCACGUUUUCCAAAAAAAUUGCCCCCUACGCGUCCGUCAUUCUCAACGGGAUCUACUGGGCGGUGAAUUCACCAAAGCUGCUCACCAUCCCCGACGCCAAGUAUCUCCUCCAACCCCAAGAAAUCCCCUGGCUCCCUUCAUCCCCCGGCUGCCCCGUCUUACCCCACAGGAUGCUAGCAAUAUGCGACAUAUCUGCUGAUCCGGGGGGCUCGAUAGAGUUUAUGAACGAGUGCACCACCAUAGACAAUCCGUUCUGCCUUUACGACGCGGAUCGGAACAAGGACAUCACUUCCUUCAAGGGCCCUGGCGUCUUGGUCUGCUCCAUCGACAACAUGCCCACACAACUCCCCAGAGAGUCCACCGACUUCUUUGGCGAGCUCCUAUUCCCCUACAUUCCGGAGAUUCUGCAGUCCGACGCCAAAAAACCCUUUCAGGAAGAAGACUAUUCCACCGCGAUUGGCGGCGCCAUAAUUGCGAGCAAUGGGAAAUUAACGCCCAACUUUGAAUAUAUCGACGAGCUGAGAAAGAACAAUCGAAGUCGGCAAAAAAUUGGUACGAACGUGGGAACGGUGGGGAUUCAUUCGAAGCGUGCUCUCGUUCUAGGAGCGGGAUACGUGUCCUCCCCCCUCGUGGAGUAUCUCACCCGAGAGAGUUCUAACGUCAACGUGACCGUGGCGUCCGCAUUGAAGGACGAGGCGGACGCGUUGGCAGCAAAAUAUCCCGUCGAGCCUGUUCUACUGGACGUUACUGGGCGAACCGACCUUUUAGCUGACCACAUCAGAAAAGCGGACAUUGUCAUCUCCCUCCUUCCCUACGGGCUGCACGCGCAGAUUGCUGAGGAAUGCAUCCGUUCGAAAGUGAACAUGGUCACGGCGUCCUACUGCUCUCCGCAGAUGACAGAGUUAAACGACGCGGCCAAAGCGGCUGGGGUCACGAUUGUGAACGAGGUGGGGCUCGACCCUGGGAUCGAUCACCUCCUCGCGAUGGAGGCAUUUGACGAAAUUCACUCCCACGGGGGCAAAGUCGAGUCCUUCGUCUCCUACUGCGGCGGACUCCCCGCUCCCGAAGCCUCCGAUAAUCCGCUCCGCUACAAGUUCUCCUGGUCACCAAAGGGCGUCCUGCUCAAUGGACUCAACGGGGCCAAGUAUCUCAAGGCUAACGAGGUCGUCGAAAUCCACCCCGGUGGCGCCCUCAUGUCGCAAGACCACGUCCACAAGGUGUCCUUCCUCCCAGGAUUUUCCUUCGAAGGCUUCGCCAACCGGGACUCGCUCACGUACAAAAGUCUGUACGGAAUCCCCGAAGCGCACACCGUUCUCCGUGGAACGCUGAGGUACUCCGGAUUCGCGGACACGAUGCGGGCAUUUAUCCGACUCGGACUUAUUGACCCCACUCCACACCCUGCCCUGCACCCCAAAGGCCCAGAAAUUACUUGGCGUCAACUCAUCUCCCACCUGAUUGGUCAAGUGGACUCGAACAUCUUCUACGACAACUUGAAAGCCCUCGUGGGUCGCGAACUCGACGGGGACACGGUGAUGGUGGGGGCGAUUGAGAAGCUCGGUCUGCUCGACGACAUCCCCGUCCUGAAACAGGGCUCCCCUCUCGACACCAUUUCCCACUACCUGAACAAGCGGCUCGCCUUUGAGCGGGGGGAGCGGGACUUGGUCGUCCUUCGCCACGAGAUCGUCGCCUGCUGGCAGGACGGGAAGCGAGAGUUUAGGGGGAUCAACCUGGUCGUGUACGGCGGAACGUCGUCCCCCCUUUCCGGCGAUGGUCAUGCGUACUCCGCCAUGGCCAAAACGGUCGGCUACCCAGCCGCCAUCACGGCCAAGAUGGUGCUUGAUGGGGAGAUUCAGUCCCCAGGAAUGGUGUAUCCCCUCUCCCCAGAUAUCUACAAACCCAUCCUGAGCAGACUAGCUGGUGAAGGGAUCGUCCCUGUGGAGAAGGCCUACUCGCUGGAUGACCACAAAUAGUGGAAAUUUGGCAAUAAUUAAGUACUAAUUAUUAAUUAGUCUGAAAAUCAAUAAGUACUCAAAUACAUAUAAAAGUGGAGUUGAUAAUAAUUCCGAUAAUGUGUUGGUUGGUUAAGAAUAAUUGCCACAUCUUAUAUAACACAAAUUUUUAAUUUAAAUUAAGCUGACUAGAUAUUGUCAAAGAGUUUUAUUAAGAAAUUAAACUUGUAAUACAUAAUACCCAAA